UAUGGAAGCACCCAAAUGGCAUCGCGGGCCGGGAUCCGACUCAGGCACGGAAGAAGCCCAUUGUUCGCUGCUUCAGCGUCCUCAUCCAGACCGCCUCCUGUGCUCUGCCUCCCUCUCUCGAAGCCCAAACCCUACCGCCGUCACCUGUUCGUCCCCCUGUGUCGCCCCCUUGCUCCUCGAUCCUCACCGAGCCCGUCCUCCUCCUACCGCACCGGAUUUUCGUCUCCCGUGUCUUCCAUGUCUUCGUCCUCCUACGAGAAGGAACUCGCCGCCGCCAAGAAGGCGGCGUCCCUCGCCGCCCGCCUCUGCCAGACAGUACAAAAGGCACUCUUGAAAUCAGAUAUUCAAUCAAAAGCAGAUAAAAGUCCUGUUACAGUCGCAGAUUAUGGUUCACAAGCAAUUGUCAGUCUUGUUUUGAAGAUGGAACUUCCCUCUGAAAAGUUUUCUUUGGUGGCUGAAGAGGAUUCGGCAGAUCUACAAAAGGAUGAAUCUCAAGAAACACUGAAACGCAUUACAGAUCUUGUAAAUGAUACUUUCUCUUCUGAAGGUACAUACAGUAUAUCUGUGUCUGAGGAAGAUGUGCUUGCUGCAAUUGACAGUGGCAAAUCUGAUGGAGGCCCUCAUGGCCGGCACUGGGUUUUGGAUCCUAUAGAUGGUACUAAAGGGUUCGUACGGGGAGACCAAUAUGCAAUUGCUUUAGCAUUGCUUGAUGAAGGAAGAGUAGUGUUAGGUGUUUUGGCAUGUCCAAAUCUUCCUUUUACAUCUAUUGCUAAUCUUGAUGGACACUCUUCGGAAAAUCAAAUUGGCUGCCUUUUCUCUGCUCAAACCGGUUGUGGUGCCUAUAUGCAGUUGCUACAUGAACCUUCGGCAGCAAAGAUAUCUGUCUGCACUACCGAAAAUCCUGCUGAUGCAUCAUUCUUCGAGUCGUAUGAAGCAGCUCAUUCCCUGCAUGACUUGUCGAGUGCAAUAGCAAAGAAACUCGGAGUCCAAGCACCACCAGUUAGAAUAGACAGUCAGGCCAAAUAUGGUGCUUUGGCGAGAGGAGAUGGUGCAAUAUAUCUACGCUUCCCACAUAAAGGAUAUCGCGAGAAGAUAUGGGACCAUGCUGCUGGUUCUAUUGUUGUCACAGAAGCUGGUGGUAUCGCGACAGAUGCUGCUGGAAACAAUUUGGAUUUCUCAAAGGGGAGGUACCUCGAUCUUGAUACAGGCAUUAUUGUCACAAACAAGAAGCUGAUGCCAUCACUGUUGACUGCAGUACAAGAGGCCAUAAGAGAACAAACCCAAUCUGCCUCCCAUCUGUAGUCCACUCUAAUGACUUUCCCAUCUUGCACAUCGAUGUUCCUAACCGGCCCUUUGAACCAUUUCCUGGCAUCAAGAACCCACCACAGCAUUACAAGAGUCAGACAAAUACCCAAAGCAACGGGUGCAUAAUUGAAGGUAUCCCAUUUGAUAGGAUACAGUGUUGGCAGCAGGAAGACUGAGCAAGUAUAGCAGAUCCACAAGAACGCCACCAAGCAAAUGGGUCUUGUUGCUCUCCCCAGAUAGAAUGGACCAGGUUUGAACCUCUUCUCUGCCAUCACCAUUCUUGCAAAUAUCGGCACUGCAUAGCCACCAACCCAUCCAACUGUGCAAAUGGAAGUGAUGGCAGUGAACACCACAUUGACUUUAAGGAUCGGGAGGCCGAGCAGGAUGCAAAUGGCUGCACACAGCCAUACUGCAUUGGCAGGAACCUUGUGCUUGGGGUGUAUUUUCCGCCAUACCGACGAGAACGGGAUUCCUUUGUCCCUCGAUAAUGCAUACACCUGCGAGUAGUAAUAGUAGUGAUAAUCAUGUUUCGUCUUACUUUGAUUGAGUAGUAGGAUAAUCAAGGCUCAUAAGAGGUGAGAUUUAUCUCCA